AUGGCUCUAGUCUUGUCCAAUACAGCAAUACCACUCCAAGAAAAAGAUGAUUUUAAUUCCGAAAAUGGAUCGGGUCGCUUACUUGCUCGAAAGGAAAGAAAAGCUCGUCAAACAUGUAAUGAGAAUCCAACAAUCUGCCAUUUCAAAGAAAGUCCAGGGCCUUCUUGUUGCGAGAGGAAGUGUGUAAAUGUUUUGAAUGACCGUCAUAACUGUGGAGCUUGUGGAAAGGAAUGCAAGUAUAACCAGAUUUGUUGCCAAGGCAAAUGUGUUAAUCCUUCUUCUAAUGGAAGACACUGUGGGGGUUGCAAUAAUAGGUGUGAAAAUGGUGGGUUUUGUGCUUUUGGUCUCUUCUGGUCUAUUACAGCAACACCAUUCCAAGAACAAGAACCAGAUGAUACAGAUUACGAAAUAACCAAAGAUUUUAGUUCCGAACAUGGAUUUGGUCGCGUACUUGCUCAGAAGAAAAGAAAAGCUCGACAAAUAACAUGCGACAAGUACCCAAGAAUUUGUCGUGCUAAGGGAAGCCCAGGGCCUUAUUGUUGUAAGAAGAAAUGUGUAAAUGUUUUGAGUGAUCGUCUUAACUGUGGAGCUUGUGGGAAGAAAUGCAAGUAUAAUCAGAUUUGUUGCAAUGGCAAAUGUGUUAACCCUUCUUUCAAUAGAAACCAUUGUGGGGGUUGCAGUAAUAGAUGUAAAAAUGGAGGGUUUUGUGCUUUUGGUCUUUGCAAUUAUGCAUAG